AAAAGUCCAACGACCAAAUAUGAUCAGAUUCUCAAUUAGAUAGUCUUGCUUUUUCCAUAUUAUGUUCCAACAAAACUUGGAUCCCAUUUCUUUACCCGAAAUUCUUCCAUAACUAGAGACUCAUUUUACCCUGUUUCCAGAAAACCCAAAUCAUCAAAUCGAGAUGGGAAGCAAUUCAAGAGUACCAGAACAAGAGCUAGAACUCCAACACACCAUCCAAAUCUCGGAAGCCAAACAAGACCUACUAAAAUCCAUGCACCAAAGAAUCUCGGCCACCCCGCAACUCCUCAGCAAGUCCUCCGGCCACUCCAACUGCUCCAUCUACAGAGUCCCCAAGACCCUCAUCGACAUCAACGGAAAAGCCUACAAACCCGACAUAGUCUCCGUCGGCCCGUUCCACCACGGCGAACCCGGCCUCCAGAUGAUCCAAGAACACAAGUGGAGGUUCUUGGGUGACCUGCUUAAUCGAACCCGGAGCAAGGGGUUGAGCUUGGAAGACUACUUGAGAGCAAUCGAACCGUUGGAAACCAAAGCCAGAGGGUGUUACUCCGAAGCCAUCCGUUUUACCACGGAUGAGUUUCUGGAGAUUUUGGUGCUCGACGGUUGCUUUAUCGUCGAGCUGUUCCGGAAGAUCGGGAAAGUUGUCCCGAUCGAGCACGACGACCCAUUGAUUUCCAUGUGGGUUUAUUCGUUUAUCUUGAGGGAUUUCAUCCGGUUAGAAAAUCAAAUCCCGUUUUUCAUCCUCCAACGGUUGUUCGAUUUGUCGCUAAUGCCGGGGGAAGAAUCGGGUCCUUCGUUGGCCAAAUUGGCCCUUAUUUUCUUCGACAACGCCUUGCAAAGGCCGGAGGAGGUAAUCAACAAGCAUGCUAGCACACCAGGGAGGCAUUUGUUGGAUUUCUUGAGGUCAAGUUUUAUCCCAACGGAUCACGAGGAGACAAAACAGGGGAGUUCGUCGCAAAGCCACGUGAUCCAGUGCAUAUCGAAGCUCCGUCGGGCCGGGAUAGACCUCAAGCCGGGCGACGAGGACAGCUUCCUGGUCGUCAAGUUCCGGCGCGGCGUGAUCGAGAUGCCCGCGGUCUCCAUCGACGCCUUCAUGAGCUGCUUCAUGAUCAACUGCAUCGCGUUCGAGCAGUGCCAGAUCAAGUGCACCAGGCACUUCACGACGUACGCCACGCUGCUCGACUGCCUGGUCAACACGGGGAAGGACGUCGAGUUCCUGUCGGACAGGAACAUCGUCGAGAACUAUUUCGGGACGGACGCGGAGCUGGCCAAGUUCAUCAACGAUUUGGGGAAAGACGUGACGUUUGACAUCGAAAAUAGCUACCUGGGUAACUUGUUUGACGAGGUAAACAAGUAUUACAAGAGCGGGUGGCAUGUUCAGUGGGCGAGCUUUCGGUAUACUUAUUUUCGUAGUCCGUGGUCGUUUAUUUCGGCAUUUGCAGCGUUUGUUUUGCUGCUUCUGACUGUGGCUCAGACUUUCUAUACAAUGCUAGCUUAUAUCAAACCUCCUGACCCUAAGUAGGGAGUGAUAAACUUGGGAUGGUAGUUAAUUUUUUGAGACUUAUUAUUAUGGUUAUUGAUUUGUGAUUUUUGGGUUUAGUUCAAAUUGUAUCUAUAGUAAUGGAAAUUGUUUCAGAUCA